CCUUGUGCUUCUCGGGUCUAUCUGCUCAUGGACUGAAGAAUGAGGUCGUAUAAAUAUUUAUAGAGCAAUAGUCAACGUUACUCCAUUAUUGUUUUGUCCAUAUAAGCUCUUCAACAGCUAUAAGCCUUAUUUUCUCCUUUCAGUCUCGCCUCUUUCGCAAAAACUCUUUGCCUUUUUCCCACACAUGAACGAUGUCUUUCGAAAAUAUCAAGAUGAAAAUGUGGGUGUUUAGUAACUGAUCUUCCUCCUCCAGCCCCUCAACAUUUUUUUUCUGUUGUACGUAAUGGAAGUUAUGACAUACACCAUCAACGGAAAACAGAGCAGCAAAGCAGGUUUCCAAAUUUUCACUCUCCAAAAGUUAUCGUUUUGGUUCGCUCCCACAACUCGUCCACCAGGUUUUCGUCUUCUGCUCCUGAAAUGAUCUCAAUAGAAGAUCUUGGGACAACGGCUAACUGCUCUUAUAAUUCGAUUUCUUCGUCUGCGACUGGGUCUGAUAUCUCGAGGCUGUUCAAUCCAACUUCGCAUAAAAUUGUUGAUUCUAAUGGGGUUUCGCAAGGUGCGUUGGCGUCACCGAAUUCGUUGGUGCUGAAUGGUGAGAAGGAGGAUCUAAUGAAGUCCCCUAUAAAUAUAGGAAAGAAAGAGGCGUCUGAGGCAAAAGCUUUGGCUGCUAUGAAGAACCACAGUGAAGCAGAGAGGAGGAGAAGGGAGAGAAUAAAUGGUCAUCUUGAUACACUUCGUGGUCUUGUGCCCAGCAAUGCGAAGAUGGACAAAGCAACGUUAUUGGCUGAAGUAAUCAACCAAGUGAAGUUACUGAAGAAGAAUGCAAUGGAAGCAAGCAGAGGUUUUCUUAUCCCAAUGGAUGAUGAUGAAGUUAAAGUUGAAUCAUGCAACCAUGAAGGAAGAGAUGGAUCAAUGUUUUACAUGGCAUCUAUAUGUUGCGAUUACCGGCCGGAGCUACUAUCUGACCUGAGACAGGCUCUUGAUGGCCUUCAACUACAAUUGAUGAGGGCAGAAAUAUCAACUUUGGGAGGAAGGGUGAAGAAUGUGUUUUUCUUUAGAUGCUGCAAAACAGAACAUAUUAAUAUUGAGGCAUGCCAACUUGUUCCAAGUACUGUCCACCAGGUGCUGAGCUCCGUACUGGAGAGGGCUUCUAGCUCACUGGAAUACUCUCUAGGAAUGUCACUUCGAAGCAAGCGUCGAAGACUUUGCUUCCUUGAAACAUCAACUUCCUCAUGAACACUGUGCAUAAAUGAUAUACUUAAUUCUCUGCUUUCACUUGACUACGAGGCAAGUUGGAUCCCCUUUUUUGUCUUGUUGUUUUGGCUCUAAAGGAAAAAUAUAAUGUUACUGAACAGAAAAUGUGAAUCAUGUGGAAUGUUGCUGCUCCUGCUGCUGAUAGUAUCCUCUAUCCAUUUGAUCUCUGUCAGUAGAAAAAUGUGUACUAGUUGGAACACUAAAUCUAAUCUGCACUAGUCUUGGUUUCCUGUGUUGAACAUGAAAGAAUCCUGAGUAGUGGGUCAUUGUAAGCAUCUAAAUGUAUUUGUAAGCUGUUUGUGUGAGAAACAGGCAUGAAUGUAUUUGCACAUUACUGGCAGUUUCAAGCUUGACAAAUUGAA